CGACGGACCCACUCAAAGCUCACCGCCGUUGCACGGCGCCUCUCCUUUCCGACUUCUGUGUGCUCUACUUCGUCGGCUGGGAGCUUGUGCUACUUUUUCACCGCCUUCGCCUCUACCUCUCUCUGCUGCGCCUCUUUUUCGCCGCCACGUCCUCUCUCUGUUGGUGUUUCUUCUCCGCCUUAUCCUCUCUUUUCUGCUCCACUGUCGCCUCCUCUUUGCUUCUCUUCUCCGUCUCCUCCUACGCCUCUGUGAAGCUUUGCUCCACCGCCUCCUCCUCUCAACGCGUCUGCUGUACCUCUCUACCUCUGCCAUUUUUUCUUGGUUUCACAGUCGCGCCCUUGCUAUACUGUGAGUAUUAAGCCAAUGGAGGCACUGAAGGCUUGUUAUGGGGAUGGAUCUUCUGAUUCGGAUUCUGAAGCUGCCCCUUCAUGUACAACUAAAGCUCGCUCCGAAGAAUUCACACUGUUGCCACCACCUCCUAUCUCGCUCCUUGACCCUCUAAGUUUGCUUGGUUCUCAAGAUCUGGAAAUAGGACAGACAACUAGAGUUAGGAGUUUCCCUCAUGUUGAUGGUAACUAUGUCCUACAUGUAUACAUACCAAUUCAUAUUUCAUCUUCAUCAAAAAAAGAAAUAGCCACUUUCUUGAAGAAAGUCACCUCUCAGGAACCUAAUCUUCAUGUUGUUGACAUUGAUCUCCCACUUAAAGUCCUCUGCAAAAGUGAUGAGAAGCUUGAACAGGUUGUCUUGGGAAGGGAGUUUCACAUAAGUUUGGGACGAACUGUUCCAAUAGGGGUUCAUCAAAUUGACUCAGUGGUCUCAAUGCUUCGACAGAAACUUCAAACACGACACCAUAGUUAUUGGAUUGACUUCAACCAGUGGGAGGUAUUUGUAAAUGAUGAUCAUACACGCACCUUUCUCUCCUUAGAAGUUGUUCAAGGAGGUUUAGUAGAGAUAACAAAGCAAAUUGAAUUGAUCAAUGCAAUUUAUAAGCUUCAUAGCCUUCCUGAAUUUUACAAGGAUCCACGGCCUCACAUAUCAUUAGCAUGGGCAUUGGGUGACAUAAGCCAUUCCCUAAAUAAUACUGUAAACGAGGUAUCAAAGAACUGCGUUGCGAAAUCUCCAAACAAAUCUAUUUUUAGCUGUAAAUUCAAAGGAAUUGAGUGUAAGAUUGGCAAGAAAAUAUAUACAGUUUGUAAAAUCUCAGAUUGAAAAACAAUGUUAACUAUGAAGAGCAUACUCUUUUUUGAAAUAUUCCUGGCUGCAUAGAUUUCCUUUGUAAAAAAGAAGUCAUACUAAGCUUAAACACACUGAUGAUGAGCUUUUUACUAGUGAAAUGUGAACAAUAGGUUGCUUCUCUAUAUAAUUUCUGAAAUAUAGGCCCAUGUAUCAAUUUGGAUACACUUAUCAUGCUUCACACAAUGUAGAAUGAGUUGAUUAAACAACUGUUAGAAUCGAGAAAAAUACCACUACUUUGUUCAGUUGUUUUACUAAAUAACGAGCGCCCAAAGUUUUUUCU